AUGUUUACGCCCGUUCAGUUGUUCGUUUCUUAUUGUCUUCUGCUUGAAGCUCUGGAUGUGUAUGAAUACCUGGGCUCUUCGGUUCAUCAAAACAUCGCAAAAAUUGUGGGAAUCGAUUUCGUCAAUUGGGCACCAGAUAAUUGUUACCGUAAAAUUAUUCUCAUGCCAUUAUUGGGUAUUUCUAUUGGACAGAUGAUAGAUCAAGCGCAAAAGCUUGAUUUGGAGAACAGAAAUCUGAUUGGUGUGGAUGCUUCCAAGGCCAAAGUGUCUUUUCGAAUAAAGCAUAUUCAAGAAAUGGGGAGCAACGUUCUCAAUGGAUUGCAAUUUCUUUUAGAGCAUCAUGUGUUCCACCUAGAUUUGAAAUUGGAGAAUGUGCUCUUCUCAAGCAAAAAUUCAUUUCACGUCGAUUACAACGGGACUUCGCAUUCCUUUAUUGCGGAUUUCGGGUUGUCUAGAGUAGAAAGUGAUAUUAGGGAGACUGCUGACAUAUUCCAAACGGAAACGUACCGUUCUCCAGAAAUUUAUUCUGGUGCAGACGACUUCCUCUCACCAGAAACGGAAAAUGCGGAAGUGCAGCGUUUCAGAAAUCUUCAAUAUGCUAUUGAUCAGCGUAUGACAAGAGAUUUAUGGGACGAGGCUGCAAAAACAAAAGGAGGGAACGAAACUCGUGGAGCUCUGAAGCUUUAUGAUGACGGCGCACCUGACUCAACCGCACCACGUUUGAUGAGUUUGAAGCGCUCAUAUCACGCUGAUCAGUUGUUUGAGUUCCUCAAAUAUUCACUGAUUUUGGAUUGGCACUCACGUCCGUCGGUUGACGAAUUGCUCAGUCACAAUUUCUUUAAAAAUAUUUGA